UCUAUGAUGAAAAAGAUCCGGUUCCAAGAAGCCACCGAGUAUGCGCAUCUUCUGAAAUGGGCUGGAGGCAAUGCACCGGCAUUCAAACUCAUCAGUCUCGCCCCACCUGCUCCUCCAGGAAAGGUGUACGAAGUACUUCAUUUACAUCACCAUGAAGUUAGAGCACUCGUACGCAAGAACCACGCCUUGAUGAGAGAGUUUGAGUCUCAGACCAAUUGCAAGAUCACUAUCAGCAGAGAAUGGAAGCUUCAGCCCGACAAGGAAAUCGGUUUAUUUGGAUACAGGGAGAAUGUUGAGGAAGCUAAGAAAGUAAUUUUGGGCCGACAAAGAUCUUGAGGUCGGAAAAUGAGGCGUAGAUGAACCCUAAAGCGCUUUUGACACAGGAACUGGUGGAGCGGUGUUUUGCGUUUAUGAAACGAACAUCGUUAUUUAACCUUCAGGAACGAGGGAUGGCUGAAGGCAAAGGUUAACACUCCACUUUUGAAGUGGAGUGCUGAAUCUGGAGAAACAAGGAUUCUCCGUAACCGUGA